UUGACAGAGACAUGAUAUGAUAUCUGUUGUACGGUUUAAAGAGUGAGCGGUGCCUCCUCAAGCUUCGGCUUCGUGAAAGUAGACAAAAUAGUGAACAAUUACAGAGGGAAAUAUCCCUUGUAGGUAGCAAAGUUAGAUACAACAUCUUCAAGAUGGUCUGUGGGGGAUUUACGUGUUCUAAAAAUGCUCUUUGUUCCCUCAACGUGGUGUACAUGUUGGUUGGUCUGCUGCUGAUCGGCGUGGCAGCGUGGGGGAAAGGCUUCGGCAUCGUGUCCAGCAUCCACAUCAUCGGCGGGGUCAUCGCUGUGGGCGUCUUCCUACUGCUCAUCUCCAUCGUGGGCCUCAUCGGAGCCCUCAACCACCACCAAGUCAUGCUCUUCUUCUACAUGGUGAUUCUGUUCCUGGUGUUUCUUUUCCAGUUUGGUGUGUCCUGCUCCUGCCUGGCUAUUAACCAGGGACAGCAGGUGAAGCUGUUGAACGCUACCUGGGGGUUGAUGAGCAACGAGACGCGGGUGGGCGUGGAGAACAAGCUGAGCUGCUGUGGGCUGCUGAACACCACCCAGAGCCAGGAGCAGUUCAACGAGGAUGUGAAGCUCUGCCAGGCGCCCUGUAAAGUGACUGGGUUGUGUUUCACCUGUGGGGACAUGAUGCUGCAGCACGCUGCAGAGGCUCUGAAAAUCCUGGGUGGAGUAGGACUCUUCUUCAGCUUCACAGAGAUCUUGGGUGUGUGGCUGGCUGCACGUUACAGGAACCAGAAGGAUCCGAGAGCCAACCCCAGUGCAUUCCUAUAAGAGCAGAGCAUGAAGAGGCCCACAAGUUACGCACCAUGAUAUAGACAUACACCAGGGUACCAAACAUACACACACAAAAUACAACAUUGGAGAUACACAGAUGUGCCAAUAUGAAAAGAACAACACACACUCACAGCCUGAUGCCAAUUGACAACCCACUAAGUACCUUCUGGUUCUCACAUGUGAAGUCACACAAACUCACAUUGUGGUGCACAAAUACACACACACACACACACUAGCAAGCACUGGGGAAGAAAAGGCAGUUCCUUCUCAUGUAUGAUAGGAUGGUUCAACAGCUUUUUUAUAACUUCUGUAUGUCAGUGUUUCUCAACUUCUGGUCUGUGGACUUGCACUGCUCUUUGGGAUAAUGGGGACCGCUCCCUCAGAUGCUAAUACUGAUUUACUCUGUUCUUAAGUAGAAGUUUUAACACAGUUCUCCAGAGGGAUAUGGUUCAUGUUCAUUAGGCACCAAACAGAAGAACACGUACAGAAACAGGGAGGGACUACCUGCACCUUUCCAAUAAGAAAGUUGUUUUUAUUUUCCGUUCUGCUACGGUGUGCUCUAAUGAAUAUGACCCUUUGCUCACUGGUCCCUGGGACAAAACCGGUUACCCCAUUCAGAGACCCCUAGCCCUGUCUGUCCUUGAUGUGGGUAGACUACACACAGACGCAGCACCCUGUGCACCAACUACCAGCAUAGAAUUGUGUGUGAUGGCAUGCAGAGAAUUGAUAUUUUUUUAACCAAGAAAAAUCAUUUAUAAUUUAAGGGUUUUGUCUAUGCCACAAAAUGUUGCAAUUGUGUCGAUUUACAUAUACUUCUGUGUAGCUUCUGUUGCUUUUUAACAAGAUGUCAUCGUGUGCGGUGUGGCCAUCAAUAUUUCUUGACAAAGAAAGCGGUGCCAUAUAGAUAAUGUAAUGUUAGUGCCUCGGGUGGGAACUAUAUUUUGUGCCAAACUAUUGACUAAGAGGUGAUACUGAAUUGGAUAGUUUAUAGCGGCAUUUCUCUUCCUUUGAGCUAAAACAUAAUUAAGCCCUUUAAUGAAGGGAGUUAAGAAUCAUGAGACAGUUCAGACAGUAAAAAUGUAGGUGUAAUUCAGUUAAUCUUCCCCCCUCCCCAUAGCACUUUAUUCAACACAUGCAUUUGCUCCUGUAUAAUAUUAAAUGUAUUUGUUUUCUUUGUGGUACUAUGGACACUAGAGGGCUUUGACACAGAGUAAAAGUUGUCAUUAAACAAUUCAUCUCGCCCACCAGAGUGAGUCAAUACUGGAGAUAAUGCCUUUGUGGAGAUGCUAUGGGAAAUGCAACAUGUUUUUCUCCCAUCUCUCCUUGGCCUGUCCUGAUAUGCACCACCCUCACCUCAAUUGUCUCCAGACAUAGAGCUAGGACAUUUAACAUAUUUCAUGUUUUGUUCAUUCAUUAAGUUUGCCAGUGUUUAUAGUUGUCACACACUCCUUACUUAAAUUAAGAGGAUUUGUUCCUCCUAAAACAGCGCCAGUGUGAUAUCACAGCCUGGAAAGAGGGGGUGAUUGAGAGUGUGUUGUUGGCAGGAGGCCUAGAGGGAUGCCUCAGACAACAAGCUUCUUGUAUACUGAAGUUGAUGACCAAGAGAUACCCCGCCCCCCUGCAAUACUGAGUAGUCUACAAUUGUAAAGCGACUUUGGGACCUUGAAAAGCGCUAUAUAUAAUACAUAAGAAGUGCAGCCAAUCUCAAAAGUUGAGACAAACUGUAGUCUGUAGAAUUAAAAUUAACUUGAAGCUUUGAUUAGGAAUAUAAAAUGAAGGGAAAAUGUAGAAUUACAAUACAAAGCAAUGGGCAGCACAUCGUUUUUGGAUGAUCGAGCUUAAGUGGUGUUCCACUACCUGUCUCCAUAUAAGUUGACACUGAUAACCAUUUCAACCAUACGAUCCUUUUAUCUGUGCAUUCUUUGUUUCCACUUGAUCUACUAUUUUGUUUGUUGUGUAAUUGGUUUAAUUAACCUGAGUGUUUUCCUAGCUGCACUUUUUUUGCCUGAUUUUAUUUAUUUGCCUGUCAUUGGAGGAAAUAAUUUGCUAUGGUUUAAUUGACGCAAUCGUGGAGGAAGUUUAAAACUAGGGAUGUGCCUGUAGCUUUUAACCACCUGCCUAAAUACUUAGCAUACCAGUGAGUGUUCACAACAAUUGUCAAUGUGCAGCGUCUUAAAACUGAGCAAAGAGUUGAGGAACGAGUUUCAUUAAGUAUUGCACUUAAUGGUAACCCUGCUAAAAGCCUUUGGUUGCACAGUGCCUCUGCACAGCAAUGGGUUGUCGGAGUUAGUAUGUUAGUCCCCUAGCUGUCACUUAAUCAGCGAUGCGGCACUUCCAAAGGCUGUGAGACUGUCUGACUCAAGGUUCUCACUUCGUCACCUGUUUUGACCCUAAACAUCUGAAAGGUUUUAGUUCCCCUAAAGUUUGUCCAUGAUUGACAGAAUGACUUAUCUGUUCUGACGAGGACCUGGCUCACCCCUGGUGUUGACUUCCUGUUCUAGAUUGUGGCAAUGUCUCAGCUUCCUGUUGCUUUUGACCCAAAUGGCUUCCUAUUCCGUAUAUAGUGUACUACUUGAAAGUAGCGCACUAUAUAGGGAAUAGGGUGCCAUUUGGGACUCAACCCUUCUCUCAAACGUUCCUUCCGUUGUUGUACCUGCCUUUCAACCCACUGUGGACUUGAUUACCUGCUGAACCUUAAGGUUUCCCUUUUGUGCAACACAUUUUUCCUAUCAAAUGUCAUGAUUCAAGAGCCUGGCUUGUACAGUCAUUUCAUUCUUCACUUCUCUGAAUUGAUGUGAUAACCUGAAGUCAUUUCAGAUUAAAGAAAAUGAAAUUA